UCGCGCCGGAGCGGAGCGGAGCGGCCCGUGAGCGCGCGCGCCCUGUGGAUUACUGACACCUGCCUGCAGCAGCACAACCUUCAUCAUCAUCUUCAUCAUCAUCAUCAUCAGCACACCUUUAACACACCUUUAACACCGACCUGCUGUCGGUCCCGGAUACACACCGUGUCUCUGCACACGCGCGCGCGUGUCUUCAUCACCUUCAUCAUCACCACCAUCAUCAUCACCUUCAUCAUCAACAUCAUCAGAGGCAGCAUCAGCAGCAAGAGAUCAUGCUGGAGCGAUGAGAGACUCGGAAGCUCGGCCGAACUGAGUGCCUCGUCUCGCACGUCUGAGAGAGAGAGAGAGCGAGAACCAAGUGAAGAGCCAAGUGACUUAAAGAAGAAGAAGUGAGAGUCUGGAAGGAGGUGUUUGGUGAGGAAGAGAAAAGGCUGGAUGCCAGCAUCCAUCUGCUCCAGCAGCUCCCAGGUGCCUCAGACAUGGCGUCCAACUUCAACGACAUCGUCAAGCAGGGCUACGUCCGCAUGCGGAGCAGGAAGCUGGGGAUCUAUCGGCGCUGCUGGCUUGUGUUUAAGAAGUCCUCCAGCAAAGGGCCACGCCGGUUGGAAAAGUACCCCGAUGAGAAAUCCGCCUACAUCCGAGCCUGUCCGAAGGUGACCGAAAUUAGUAACGUUAAAAAUGUGACGAGACUGCCGCGGGACACCAAGCGCCAGGCCGUGGCCAUCGUCUUCACUGACGACACGUCUCGCACCUUCACCUGCGAGUCAGAGCUGGAGGCUGAAGAGUGGUUUAAGACGCUGACCAUCGAGUGUUUGGGUGUGCGGCUGAACGACAUCAGUUUAGGAGAACCGGACCUCCUCGCAGCUGGAGUUCAGUGUGAGCACACGGAACGCUUUAACGUCUUCCUGCUGCCGUGUCCCAACCUGGACAUCUACGGCGAGUGCAUGAUGCAGAUCACCCACGAGAACAUCUACUUAUGGGACAUCCAUAAUCCUCGCACGAAGCUGGUCACGUGGCCGCUCUGCUCGCUGCGCCGCUACGGCCGGGACGCCACGCGCUUCACCUUCGAGGCCGGCAGAAUGUGUGACAGCGGUGAAGGUCUAUACACGUUCCAGACACGAGAAGGUGAGCAGAUCUACCAAAGGGUUCACUCUUCCACACUGGCCAUCGCCGAGCAGCACAAGAAGGUCCUCAUGGAGAUGGAGAAGAACAGCAAGCUGUUAUCCAAAGGCUCAGAACCAGACUCGUACCCCUGCACACCCACGGCCAUCCUGCCCCGCAGUGCCUUCUGGCACCACAUCACAGGGUCGCAGGACCAAGGACCCGACUACAGUAACAGUGAGAUGUCCAUGGUGUCUCAGUCAGGAGCCGAGUCAGACCUGUUGUCCCUAGAGCGCCACAAACAUCCAGCACACUUCUCCACUUAACCCGGCCGACCCCAAGCUCCACAGACUUUAUCUUCGGGUUUUGGGCCUGACCCUCCCGCCACACUGUCCUCUGCCCUGUUCACAUAUUCUUUCCCCACACCAGGGGCAGAUCUGUGACGCCCCAAUGCCUGAGUCAGUCCCGGCGGCUGGAGACACGUCCUGAGAGGGAACGCACUGUGAAAUGUGAACCAUGGAACAUUUGGAUUUGAUCUUUUUUUGUUUUUCCAAAUGAUCAUUAGCGGUGCACGUUUAUAGAAUCCUGUUGCCUCUCUGAAAAAGGGGUGGGGCUUUAGGGUUAGAACUCCACUGUAUCUCUGUCUAUCACAUGCACAAUGAUCAGUAUCUCUGUCUCUGUCUGUGUGUCGAUGGUGCAUGUCCUCGUUAACUGUGGAACAGUUUUGAGAUUCGUAGCAGGGCCGCGUUUAGUGUAGAUCACUUUCUUUACUGCUGAGGAUGAAUAGAAGAACAUGCAGAACUAGAGUAGGCUUCCAUUUAAACUGUACACUGGUGUGUGAGAUUUAAUCUGAGAUAUAAUCUGAGGAGGUGGCAAAAGUUUAGGAGAAAGCCAAGGAUGCUUGGGACACUUGAGGAACUCUGGAACUCUGGAGCCACCUGUCCUUCACUGAUGUUUGCUUUUUUUCUUUUCAUCAUUACGAAAUAUCUUCCAGUCCUUUCUGGAACAUGUUGCAUCUUGAAUUUCCUGUGACUGCUUCAGAAUAAAUCUGAUGACUUUUUGAAGGAGAUCCGUUGAAAUGAUCUUCUGAAGGUCACAGCUGUGAGAUCCAGUCAGUGAUGAGGAUGAUGAGGAUUAAUCCAGUAACAGACUGGAUUGGAUUUCUGUAUUUACAUGAAUCACCCAAGCACAAUGUCAACAGUUUUGGGAAGCACUUAAAGGGAAACUCCUCCCUGAUCACCACAUUACCCACAAUGCACAGUGCUGCUGCUGCUGCAGGGUACUUUAGUUCUAAAGAAAGCGAUGCAGAGGCACUUUAGUCCUUUAGUCUGUCGAGGUCUCUGAGUUCCUCAUCCGUUUCUCUCGCUCAAGCAUAUCAUCAACAACAUCAACACCAUCGCCGCUAGCAAGCCGAGUCGAGGCUUUGUGUCUUAUAGCUUUGUGGCAUCCUGGGAAGUUCAGCAGUUGCUUCAACUACUCCGAUGAUGGAUUACCUUGAACAUGAAGCUUGUUAUCAGUUAGACUUUACGAGCAAUAGCUAUGACAAUAAGAGCACCUCUGUGACAACUUCUUACAACACUACAGCACCAACCAACAGGUCACAGCACAACCACUAAUCAGAUAUGUCACCAUCCUCAUAUUUCAUGUCUUUCAGGAUGGAGUUUAACUUUCAGUCUCCACUAUUUGCUCAUGUUAAAUAUUUAUAUAUAAUAGACAGUUUUAUCAGCAUCACUUUAGUGACUUAAACCUUAUAUUAGAUGAUUUCAGUCCUGAAGAGUUCACAGAGGUUUUCUUUAACAUGUCUGUGGCCGAUGCUAAUUUUUUAUACGACACACCUCAUCUUCAUCCAUUUCAUCGAUUACUUUUUAAACUAACUCUCACAUUUAUAGAGAUUUACUUCCGGGUGAGAUUCGGGUUUCUCCAGUUUUUAGGAUUUCAGCAGCACGAGGAGGUUUGUGCUGUUCAUGUUCCUGAAAUGUGAGGAACAGCCUUAUGUGUAAAUGUUGAAGUGCUUAUUUAAUGCUGGAGUCCAUAAACAUGCAUGCAUACGCACAAACACACACACACACACACACACACAUUUACAUACAUACAUGCACACUAAUGUAUAUUAUUUAUGUAAAACAAAAAAGGGCUAAAUUCAGAUGUUUGUCUUUUUCAUAGCUCUGUGUAUGUGUGCGUGUUUGUGUGCGUGUUUGUGUGUGUGUGUGUGUGUGUGUGUGUGUUAGCUCUCUUUGUCACUCUACAUGGCACAUGUAUAUAAAGCUAUUUAUUUCCGAUCGAGUGAUUCCUGUAUGUCAGUCAGUAGACUGAGGCAGACGCUGUGUCAUGUGUUUGUUUGUUUGUACGUCUGGUAAGAUGACAAUAAAAGCCAGAAG